AUGGGUUUACCUGCUUUCCUAGACCAUUUUAAUGCGCGCGACUUGAAAGUGUUCUUUCGGUGCUGGGUAGCCGCUUGGGUGGCUUGCUUAUUGUUCAUCAUCAACCCAUCGUUGCGCAGUCUUGGAACCGCCACUUUUUUUGCCUGUAUGGUGCAAUUCAUGCUUCCUCCUUCAGGAAUUGUUUCUAUCUAUCUGCUUGGGUCACUGACCCUUUUAAUGGGUAUGUUUCUGGCCUGGGGAUGGGGUGUCAUCGUGAUGAAGGCUGCACUAGCCGCUCGACCGACGGCAGAGACACAGGCUCGUUACGCAUCAUUGCAGCAGGCGGCGAAGGCUCAGGCCAAUGCUACAGGUAUCUCCCCUGUAGCUGCCGCUCAAAUUUUGAUAUACGAAGGAUACAUGUUGGAUGUGCGGGUUACGGUUGUUACAUACUGCCUCGUUUGCACGUUCAUCUACUUACUGGCCCGACUACGCGCGAGUAACCCCAAAGCAACCUUUACUGCUAUAUUUGGCACUAUAAUAUCUGAUCUUUUUCUUAACUACGCCCCCCUCUUUCCUUCAUUCCAAGGAACGCUGCCUCUGACGCUAAUCAAACCUGCCGCUAUUGGUGUGGGGUUGGGAUUUGCCUGUUCGGUUUUUUUGUUCCCUCGCUCCACCUCGCAUGUAGUCCUUGAUAGUCUAGAGGAUAUGAUGGAACAUCUCAAAUUGCCAUUGAAAUUUACAGCAUCUGCAAUUGGGAAGAGAGAGGAGAAAGACGACCUGGACCAUCUACGUCUAGUCCAAAGUAGAAUCAUCCAAGAAUAUCGGAAGAUGGAGCCUGCUUUUGCAUUUUUGCCAUUGGACUUUUCUGUCGGCUAUUGGGGUGCUCGAGAUGUUGAAAAAUUCAAGGAGCCGACGCGGAAACUGGUGACGGCUAUUCUAGCACUACUGGAGUUCCAUGUGACUAGAGUCUACAGUGCGUCUCGUAACGAGGAUAUCCUGCUGAAAUACGGAGAUAAAGCCCGACUUCAGAACGAGAUGGAUACAAAAUUUGAUCAUGAUAUUGGUAGGUAUCAGCGCUCUCAACUUGCUGAGAUGUUGGAUGGGUUUCGCAACGCUGGUGACUAUCAUCUUAGCGGUGCGGCAAUUCAGGAACUCGUUGGAACUGGCACAUAUGCAACUGAAGUAUGCAUUGAAGCAUUGGAUCUCUUAAAACAGUGUAUACACAUGGCGAACUGCCGAAGGUGGUUUCGACGUCCGUCGAAAGAAGACCAUAAGGCGUUGUGUAGGCGUAUAUAUACUGCGCUUGAAGAUCUGCGUCGUGUUCGCACUUCUUUUGUGCAUGAUAUGACGGAGACCCUGAUCGCUAAUUAUACAAGUUUUUUCGAAGAACUAAGCUUUACGAAUGAGACAAAAAAGCAAUUGAGGGAUCUUGUGAUUAGCAUGGUCUUUGAGGAGCAUAUGGCGAAUGCAAUAGAUAAGACGGAAGCAUUGAUGAUGCAGAUUUAUACCGUCUUCCAUACCUCCAACCGAAUUCGAUUGUGGUGGCCUCUCAGUCUAACUCGUGCUACUUCUUGGGUAAUUGGAAAGGAUUCCAAAGCACCAAUGAUGACUCCAUCUGCGGAUGAUGACCCUGAUCAAGCCUCCGAUCUCAUCAAGGUUGCAGAAGAAAAGCUUAGAAUUAGUCGUGGAUAUCGUACAAAGCAACGGAAUGCUGUUGGCCGAGCCAUCCUAGGAACAUACCACUGGUUUACCUCGAAUUCGGGAUUAUAUGCCCUACGAAUGGUCAUUAUUACCAUUGCUCUGGGUAUACCCGGUGUGAUUCCACAUACCGCAGGUUUCUACUACCGCCAGAAAGGACUAUGGGGAUUGAUAAUGGGGCAGACUAGUCUUCUAGUCUACAUGGCCGACUUCACAUUCUCCGUAAUUUCUAGAGUAGUGGGUACUGUUGCCGGUGGUAUUUUGGGAUUGCUGGCUUGGUAUAUUGGAUCUGCUCAAGGUCCUGGGAACCCCUAUGGACUAGCUGCAAUUGUCGGAGCCAUGCUUCUGAUAUUUGUCUGGGUGCGGUUGUAUUUGCCUCCGAGUUUGCUCCAAGGAGGGAUUAUGGGUGGCGUAACCUUCUUAUUGGUGAUCGCAUACAGUUAUGAUGAUACACACAUUUUUCAAUACGGCAGUCCUGGUGUAGGGUACGCUGUUUUUUAUCGGCGAAUGGUCCUCGUCUUGAUUGGAGUGGGAGCAGCCAUAAUCAUUCAAGUUCUGCCACGUCCGCCAUCUGCUUCAAAACACGUCUGCAAAAGUCUUUCGCGAUCGAUUCGCAGCUUGUCUGACCACUACGCACUACUUCUCUCUUGUUGGGGACAUUCUCAAGAUCAUGGAAAGCUUCUAGCAGAGUCAGUUAGCCUUCAAUUAACGCAGUCAUUGGUCGGAUUAGAUGACCCGAUAGCACUCCUGCGGUUUGAGUUCUCUAGUUCUCGCUUUGAUAGCAAAUCCUUAACUGACGUGAAACGCCUUUGCCACUCCAUCAACCUGAACCUGCGUCGACUGCUUGUUCUUUCUGGGUCGUUGCCACAAAGCUUCCAAGACCAUUUGUCCCGUCAAACUGGAUUAAUCGACCAUCGCAUUAUUGGCGAGGUCAUGGCUAUUUUAGCAACCUGCGAGCAGGUGUUGAAAACAGAAGAUUCACUGCCCGAGAUCCUCCCAAGCCCACUUGUGCGGCGUGCCUAUGAAUACGGUGCUGGUCAUCUAGGCGAACUUAAAAUCAACCCAGAGCUGGUUCGAGACGAGGAGUAUCGUAAAUUUUGUGUUGCUUUUAGCGCUUACCUCAAUUUCCUCGGCAGUAUUGAUGAACUUGUUCUGGUUAUGAAGGAUGCUCUGGGAGAGGCACACUUGGUAUCUAAGUCGUUGGCUGAUUUAGUUUGA